AUGUCGUCCUCUGCGGACUCCGCCGAGAUUGCUCGCAUCAUCUAUGAUGAGAAUGCUUACAUGAUAGAGGAUCUCACCGGAAUAAGCCCUGUGGCUAUGUUCGUCUAUCACUACCUCAUCACGUUUGGGCGAGAAGUCGCCCUAUUUUGGAGACGGCCGAUUACGGGAUCCUCUAUCAUAUUCUUUAUAAACAGCUGCAAGGCAGAGGUGUGGUCAAAACAAUUGACGGAAUAUUUCCAGUACUAUCCAUGGGCAGCAUUCUCAGCACUGAGAGUGUACGCUCUCGGCGGGCGAAAUUGGUUCCUGGCUGCUUUGGUGUUCAUCCUUGGUUGCUCUGGUCCGAUCUUCCACUAUGUCAGACUGCAUUGGCUCCGUAUCUUCCUCUACCCAGGAGAGGGGUGCACCUAUUCUGUGACCAGUAUCCCAGUUCACCUCUCCGCGAUGUUGUUUAUCAUGAAUUAUUCGCUUAGCAUAUCUGCAGACCUCUUGGUCUUGAUAGUCACCUGGCGGGCAACGUAUAACCAAGGCAAAGGCUUGGCUGGAUUAGGGCAGAAGAAGUCUCUUUCGGGAAUGUUAUUGAGAGACGGUGCUUCAUACUUCGUGGCAAUCACCACUGUGAAGAGUGUUGAUUUCAUCCUCGGCCUACUUUCAAUCUAUGGCAGCUUUGAAUACUUGAGCGAGGUGGUAUAUUAUGAAGAACCUCUCACAGCUAUCUUGGUCUCCCAUUUCCUCAUGGAUCUUCAGGAAGCGAGCACCGACGCGACACAGGGUAUCAGCUUCGAUGAUUCAGAUGGGACCAUCAAUUUCAACCGGGUGGUCGGUUCCAUCGCGUCUUCGCUUCCAGCUCCUGGAGAGGAGGCGAUCAUGACACAGGAGAGGGACUCCGAAGAAGGCACCGGAGACGAAGAUUUGUCGGUCGAAGAACAUGAAAGCACCUAGUAUCGAUGAGACCAGUCAAUAUUGAUCAG